GAUAAAAUCUGGCGGCCGGACCGGCGGGACGAAGUUGCUUGCAGGGCGGAGUGACCUUAUCUUCUCUCUCAAACGAUGCACUCGCUACCAUCGCAAGCGAUUCGUCCUCUUUCAUUCUCAUCCUUUUCUUCUUCAUCUUCAAGCUCUCUCUACCUCCGUUUCAUCUCUUCAACCUUCCCAAUUUCCCCUUAUUUCAAUCCUCAAUCCCCUGUUUUCGCCGCCAUUUCCCGCCGACUACGACGUUCCACCAUCAGAAGCUGCUCCUUCAUCACCGCCAAGCCUUCCUCGGACCUCAGAAACACCCGCUCGAAGGAUGAGUCCGAUUCCAAGCUUCAGGCUCUCCGUAAGUUGUUCUCGAAACCUGGCAUUGAUAUCGACGCUUACGUAAUCCCCUCGCAGGACGCUCACCAGAGUGAAUUCAUUGGAGAAUGUUACAUGAGGAGGGCCUAUAUAUCUGGAUUUACCGGCAGUGCUGGAACUGCUGUUGUCACGAAGGACCAAGCAGCACUUUGGACGGAUGGACGGUAUUUUCUUCAGGCAGAGAAGCAGCUAAGCUCCAGUUGGAUUCUCAUGCGAGCUGGAAAUCAUGGCGUGCCGACCCCAAGUGAAUGGCUUGCUGAUACUCUAGCUCCUGGUGGUGUAGUUGGAAUUGAUCCUUUUCUGUUUUCUGCCGAUGCUGCAGAAGAUUUGAAGGAGACCAUUUCGAGGAAGAAUCAUAAGCUCGUUUACCUAUAUGAUUACAAUCUCGUCGAUGAAAUAUGGAAAGAAUCAAGACCAAAGCCACCCAAAGGGCCUAUAAGAGUGCAUGAUCUUAAGUAUGCUGGUUUAGAUGUUGCAUCAAAGUUGGCUUCUUUGAGGUCUGAGCUUGGAGAAGCUGGUUCAUCUGCAAUCAUUAUAUCUAUGCUUGAUGAAAUUGCCUGGCUGUUGAACUUGAGAGGAAGUGAUGUUCCAAACUCACCUGUUAUGUAUGCAUACCUGAUAGUUGAAAUGGAUGGAGCAAAACUGUUUGUAGAUACUUCUAAAGUCUCAUCAGAGGUGAUGGAUCACUUGAAAAGUGCAGGAGUUGAGUUAAGACCAUAUGAUUCUAUUAUUUCGGAAAUUGAAAAUUUGGCAGAAAAGGGAGCUAAUCUCUGGCUGGACCCAGUAUCAGUCAAUGCUGCAAUUGCAAAUGCUUAUAGGAAUGCAUGUGAUAAGUACUUUAUACGCCUUGGGAAUAAAAGAAAAAGCAAGGAUAAGACUUCUGAGACCUCAAAUAGUCAUGUUGGACCUACUGGAGUCUAUAAGUCAUCUCCUGUUUCAAUAGCGAAGGCCGUAAAAAAUCAUGCUGAGUUAGAAGGGAUGCGGAAUUCUCAUUUGAGAGAUGCUGCUGCUCUUGCUCAAUUCUGGUCCUGGUUGGAGGAGGAAAUUCUCAAUGGUGUCAAACUAACGGAGGUAGAAGUUGCUGACAAACUUCUGGAAUUUCGUAAAAAGCAAGAUGGUUUUGUUGACACGAGUUUCGAUACUAUUAGUGCCUCUGGUGCAAAUGGUGCAAUCAUACACUAUAAACCAGAACCUAGUGAUUGUUCUGUUGUGGAUGCAAAUAAACUUUUUCUGUUGGAUAGUGGAGCGCAAUAUGUUGAUGGAACAACCGAUAUAACUCGUACAGUACAUUUUGGUGAACCAAUCACUUAUCAGAAAGAGUGCUUUACGAGAGUCCUACAAGGCCAUAUAGCUUUAGAUCAAGCAGUGUUUCCUCAGCAUACCCCUGGUUUCGUAUUGGAUGCAUUUGCUCGUUCCUCUCUCUGGAAAAUUGGGCUUGAUUAUCGGCAUGGGACUGGCCAUGGUGUAGGGGCUGCACUAAAUGUACACGAGGGACCCCAAAGUAUAAGCUUCCGAUUUGGGAAUAUGACUGGCUUACAAGAUGGAAUGAUCGUUAGCAACGAACCAGGCUACUACGAAGACCACUCUUUUGGUAUUAGAAUUGAGAAUCUCCUUGUCGUGAGGGACGCUAAAACUCCAAACUGUUUUGGAGGCAUUGGAUAUUUAGGAUUUGAAAAACUCACGUUUGUACCCAUUCAGACUAAAAUGGUUGAUAUCUCUUUGCUCUCUGUUGCGGAAGUCAAUUGGCUGAAUGAUUACCAUUCACAAGUCUGGGAAAAGGUUUCUCCAUUGCUCGAAGGUUCUGCUCGCCAAUGGCUGUGGAACAACACUCGGCUGAUUGCAAAAUCCUGAUUCUUUGCUUUUGUUUGACAGAAUGUGUGAAUGCUGUGUAAUUUAUGGCCAUUGAAUCAGAUGUAGAAAUGAUAUGUACUCUCUACACCUAAUGCUGAAAUGGGUUUGAACUUAAAAGGUCUGAGUAUUUUAUAGCAA